AAGCUGAAUCCAGAUGUUUAUGGGGAUACCAGCGGAACAGGUAAAUGCGGAUUAGUUUUGUUACUGAACCAUUGAGUACUGUACAGCACAGCCAUGGGAGAGAAUCUUGAGAGUAUCCCAAGACAAAAUGUUCAGAUUGGGCAUGUCAAGACAAGUUUUGCAGGAAGAAGAUUGGAGCCCAUAGCACAAAGCAAUUUCUGCCAUCUCCUGCUUCUAGCAUUCAUGCAUGCUAUUUCUGCUUGAAAUUGGAGUGAAUGAUGGGGUCUUCACUACUUGCCAUUUCUGCUUGAAACUCCCCUAUCAUCUCGGUCUUUGCUGGCCUGUAUCUGGUAUCACCCUCUGCUUCCGCCACCUCCCUCGACGUCUCCGUGAUGGUCACUUGGCCGGCCGUGCUUCUAUCGCGGGCGGGCGGGCGCCCAGCGGCAGCCAGGCCUCCCACGAAGCACGAUGCUAACCAGUAGCCGCUGAGGAAUGUUCCGUGAACAAUCAGUUGAGCGUAACUACCGUGCACCGCAUCACGAGAGGCACGAGCGCAGCCUCGGGACGCUACAAGAUCCGACGGCUCCGUGGGGCUACCACUCUGACACCGGCAGUCCUCGUCCCUCCUGGCGCCUCCCCCCGAAGCAAAGGGGCAAGCAAAGGCCCCAGUCCGGCGCCGGAAGUCCUGGUCCAAAACCCACGCAACAUAGCCCUUCGCCCCCCGCCCCGCUCCCGAUCCGGCCGCCCCAACCCCAAGCGGAGCCAGCCUGCCAGGAUGGCCCAUUCGCCGGCGCCCAGCGGCGGCGGGGGGCAGCAGCCGCUGGUGGUGUCGCUCAACUGCCUCGACGACCCCUCGCUGGAGCAGGAGGGGCUGGCCGGCGUGGCCGCGGUGGAGCACGUGCCCCUCUCCGCCGUCGCCUCGGGCCGCGUCGAGGCCGCCACCGCCGUGCUCCUCCCCUCCCUCGCCUUCCUCCCGCGCGCGGCCCAGCGCCGGCUGCGCCCCUGGCAGCUGCUGCUCUGCCUCGGCUCCGCGGACCGCGCCGCCGACGCCGCCGUCGCCGCGGACCUCGGCCUCCGCCUCGUGCACGUCGACGCCAACCGCGCCGAGGAGGUCGCCGACACCGUCAUGGCGCUCAUCCUCGGCCUGCUCCGACGCACGCACCUGCUGUCGCGCCAGGCCUCCUCCGCCCCGGCCGCGGUCGCCGCCGGCUGGCUCGGCUCCGCCCAGCCGUUGUGCCGCGGCAUGCGGCGCUGCCGUGGACUCGUGCUGGGCAUCAUUGGCCGGUCCGCCGCCGCCCGCUGCCUCGCGACCCGCAGCCUCGCAUUUCGGAUGAGCGUGCUCUACUUUGAUCCGCGCUACGCGGCCGAUGGGAAAACAAAGCGGCCUUCUAUUGUGUUUCCUUCUGCAGCGAGGAGAAUGGAUACUCUCAACGAUUUAUUAGCAGCAAGUGACCUUGUUUCUCUGCAUUGCGCGUUGACAAAUGACACCGUACACAUACUUAACGCGGACUGCCUACAGCACAUAAAACAUGGAGCUUUCAUCGUCAAUACUGGUAGUUGCCAGCUUAUAGAUGACUGUGCACUCAAACAGCUCUUGAUUGAUGGUACCAUAGCUGGUUGCGCAUUGGAUGGUGCUGAAGGUCCACAGUGGAUGGAAGCAUGGGUGAGGGAGAUGCCAAAUGUUUUAAUUCUUCCACGGAGUGCAGAUUACAGUGAAGAAGUGUGGAUGGAAAUAAGAGAGAAAGCAAUCACUAUGUUGCACUCGUUUUUCUUUGAUGGUGUUCUUCCAACUAGUGCAAUUUCUGAUGAAGAUGAGGAAAUAAGUGAAGCUGGAAAUGAAGAUGAUCACCUAAACACACAGGCAAAAGAUAGCCUGCCACAGAUUUUUCAUGCUGAAACAGACGAAAGCCACUUAACUCUGGAGCACGGAAAGAAAAGAGCCACAUCCCACCAUAAAGAGCCUGAGGCUUCUGGAAAAUCUGUAAACAUAGGCUCCCGAUCUGAAGGAAGGCGUAGUCGUUCGGGAAAGAAAGGGAAAAAGAGGCCUGCUCACCACAGAUCUCAACAGAAACCAGAUGACUUGUCUGCUGUAGAGAGUGACAGUAAUUAUUCCUCUCGGAGAGAUGAUGACACUGCAAUGAGUAGCAGGGACCAGGUUGUAAGUUCCAGUUCACGAUUUGCCUCUCCUGAGGAAUCAAAAUACAAGCAGAAAUCUCUUGCAGAAUCACCAAUGGAAAUAACAUCUGAGAAGAAGGUGCCUGCACUUCUCAGUAGAAAGUAUCCUGAUAAACUGAAACAUGGUUUUGUUGUAGCAUUGAAAGCAAGAGAUAAUUCAGGGUACCACGUUGCGAGACAGAGAGUAGUUGGUGGUGGUGGAUGGAUUCUUGAUGUUGUGUCAAAUGCAACAAACAGGGAUCCUGCUGCUCAGUUCCUAGUUAGUUUCAAAAACAAGGAUACUAUGGGACUACGAUCCUUUGUUGCUGGCGGUAAACUACUGCAGAUUAAUAGGAAGACGGAGUUCGUAUUUGCAAGCCACUCUUUCGAUGUUUGGGAGAGCUGGAUGCUGGAUGGCUCUUUGCUGGAGGGUUGUAAGCUUAUCAACUGCAGGAAUCCUUCGGCUGUUUUGGACGUGUGCAUUGAGAUCCUUGCAGCUGCAAGUGAAGAAGAUGGAGUCACUCGGUGGCUUGAUUAGCCACACGCUGGGAGCUGCAAAUAUGAACAACUCAUCGCUGAUCAUUUUGCUGUUUGGUUCUGCUUGUUUUCGAUUUUCUUUUUCUUCCUAGGUGCUCAAAUUUUGGUUUUCUGAUAUAGGAACUCCUCUAGCUGUAGGCACAUCACGUGCCCAUCACGUUGGGUAGUAUGUGAUGUGCAAGAUGCCAAGAUGCGUGAGUUGUCGCUCUUGUACGAUGCAAGAUUGCAUAUUUCUGUCAGUCAGUAAUACACGUGCAGAAAUGUGGUUGAUGUUGAGUUAAGCGUACAGGCAAUCUGCAGAAGACAGCUGGUGCUGUUUUUUAACAAGGAAAUUUUGACA